AUAUGCAAAUGGUGGUUAGUAUGUUCUGUUAUCUUUUACAGAGAGACACUGACAGCCCGUUGCUAACUGGAUCAUCAGCAGCGUCUGAUUGGGCGAUUAGGCCUGAUGAAAAGGGGAAGUUUGAGGCGAUAUUUGAAAGUCUAUCCCCUAUAAAAGGUCUCCUAUCUGGUGACAAGGUCCGACCUGUUUUAAUAAACUCCAAGCUACCUCUGGAUGUUCUGGGAAAGAUUUGGGAGCUUAGUGAUGUUGACAAGGAUGGACAUUUGGACAAAGAAGAAUUCACUGUGGCUAUGCAUCUUGUAUAUCGUACUAUGGAGAAGGAGCCUGUCCCAAGCAGCCUGCCCUCCUCUCUUAUCCCACCUUCCAAAAGGAAAAAAUCAGCACCAGCCCUUCCGGGCGCCGUGGCCGUGUUGCCUGGCCUUGGAUCCAGCCCCAUUGCUCUCAAAGAGACUCUGCGGAGCUCUCCUUCUCUUAGAAGCUCCACUCCUCCUAUCGGGAGCACUGUUCCUGCUAUGGGUGGCUUUAAUCCCCUCAGCCCCAGUGCUGUCAAACUGUCUCCACAACACUCCUUUAAAUCCAGCUCAGCAUCCACUCCAACGGCUGCAGUGAACUGGGUGGUACCUGUGGCCGACAGAGAAAAAUAUAGGGAGCUUUUCAACAAAACCGACAGCGAUGGGGACGGCUUCAUCAGCGGGACGGAUAUUAUUGAGAUCUUCAUGCAGUCCAACCUUUCUCAGACGAUGCUGGCGCAGAUCUGGGGACUCGCUGACACAAAACAGACAGGCAAGCUGACACCAGAGCAGUUUGCUCUGGCCAUGCAUUUCAUCCAACAGAAGGUGACUAAAGGCAUAGACCCCCCCUCAACUCUGACAUCAGAUAUGAUCCCCCCAUCAGAGAGGACUGCAGGAUCAGCUAUGGGUCUCGGCUAUAUGGGGAUUCUUCCUUCUGUGAGACCAGACCUUGUUUCUGCAGCUAGUAUGCUCAGAGACAGCACCAGCUCCAUUGGGUCAGUUGAGCUUACAGGCAACAAAGAGCUGGAUGACCUCAGCCAGGAAGUAGCUCAGCUGCAGAGGGAGAAAUUCUUCCUGGAGCAAGAGAUUCUUCAAAACGAGGAAGCCAUUAGACAAAAAAACAGUGAUGUUCAGGACAUGCAGAUGGACCUGGACAGAGAGAGCAGCAGCCUUCAUAGCCUGGAGGCCCAAAAGCAGGAUUCCCAGGGACGUCUGGAUGAGAUGGACCAGCAGCGCUCCAAACUGGAGGGAAUGCUCAAUGAACUGAAGCAGAAGUGUCAGGAGGAGAGUCAACAGAUCUCUUCUUUGCAAAGCCAAAUCCGUUCUCAGGAGACCAGCGUCCGCAGCCAGGAGGAUGAGCUGAAUCGCACCAAGGCGGACUUGAGUCGUCUGCAGGAGGAGGAGGCCCAGCUGGAGCAGAGGUUGGCCUCCGGUCGCAUUCAGCUGGACAGUGUUGUGAAGUCACUGAAAACCACACAGGACGAGAUCAAUCAGGCUCGCAGUAAGCUUUCACUGAUCCAGGACACCCAAAACGAACUGACCAAAACUAUUGAGCAGUACAACAGCGCUUUGAGCGAAAUCAACAGGGGAAACUUAAGCAACCUGCCGGAUCUGAGCCCGGGUUUCACUGAGAGGGAGAAUGGAGGCUUCAGAAGCACGGAUGACUCUUUUAAGUCAAGGAUAGCCAUGUUUAACAACAGCGCUAAAAAGGAGCCUCCAGCAGACCCCUUCCAGGUAGAAGACCCGUUCAAGUCGGACCUUCUAAAAGAUCCAUUUGGUGAAGAUCCUUUCAAAGAAAAUGAUCCCUUCAAGGGAUCCUCAUCUGAGGAUUUUUUUAAAAGACCAAAGACAGACGUGUUUGGCUCUGGGGAACCUUUCAGUAGGAAACCCACACCGCCAGCCAAGCCUGGUGCCUUUGGGAGCGGUGACCCCUUCAAAUCCAACAGCUCUAAAACAAAAGAUUCAGAUUUGUUUGCAAAAGCGGACCCUUUUAGAAGCAGUUCCUUCGGAGGAAAGGGUGCUGGAUUUGCUGACUUCAGUCACAUGUCUAAGAAGCCUGACCCUCCAUCAAAGAAAAAUGUGCCAAACCGGCCUGCACCUCCCUAUGUAAAUCUGCUCGGUUCGAGCGCGUCAGAGCUACGGCAGGGUGUCGGUAGAGAUUCUUUUAUUCUGGCACAGCCAAGAAACGAAUCCAAAGACUGUCCUGUGGGUUUUGGUUAUGAUCUGAAGUUGAGAAGUUUGGAAGUGAGAACCAGCAGCUGGAGUGGGCCAAGCGGGAGAGCGAGCGUGAGGAGCAGGAGAGGCUGAUGAGGCUGCGGUUGCAGGAGCAGCAGGAUCUGGAGCUGGCCAUCGCUCUUAGCAAGGCCGACGCUUCCAACACCUGAGCAGGACGACGGCCAGCUCAGCUCUCCGUCCACCUAACUGUCCUCCGUUCUCCGUUUACAGGCUCAUGACCUCAGAUCCCUCUUUUUUUUCUUUUCUUUUUUUUAACCAAGUGGUUUAAGAAACCUGUGUUUCUUCUGUUAUGACUGGACUCUCAUCAAGUGACUCUAAAUUUCAAACCAUUAAAGGUACAGCUUCCAAACACCAACUUUAAACAGGGAGAAUUCAGAGCUUAGCUCCACACAACAAAAACAUUACAGGCUACCCAGCACUGCUGACUUCUCAGCCGGCCUGGUGGGUAAACCCUUUAAGAAGAGUCAAAAUUAGGUUCAGCACAUUAUCUAUAAUUACUUCAAACCCUGAGCUACAGUACCCAUCAUCUCUUUGUGCGUAAAGCGUCCCAGGUCAAUGAUGACAUAAAAUUGCCAUCUUAGUUACCAUAACAGUGCUGUUACAACCCUUACCAGACAGUAGCAUGGAUUUCCUUCUUAACACUAGCAGUCAUCAUUAUGACUUGGUUAAUGUAAAUAUCUAAUUAUGGGAGCUUCCCAAGUGCUCUGCUGUCUUAUUUAACCACCCUGACGUAAACUUUCUGUCAAUUUAGAGAUGCACCAAUCCCAAAUUUAUCGCCCAUUUUCAGUUAUUGUAAACUUUUGUGCCUUAAGGUUCCUUAGAAAAUGAUCGUAAUCAGUAUUAGCAGGUCAAGGAUUAAGGAAUAGCAUGCAAACUACAUAUUUAUAUCUUUCCUCCGAUAAUUUAUUGGUAAAGGAAGUGGAACCUACUGUAUGUGAGGUUGUAUGUGUGAGAGAGCAGUUACUGUUAAACAUGUUUUAAUUUGAAAUAAAAGAUAAGCAUUACAGAUGUGUUGUUUUACACUGUUUCAAUAGCAGUUUCUGUGUAAAGCCUAGAAAUUGUAGAACGUAAACUGAAACACUUCCAAAUGAUUUUGUAAAUUUCCGAAUCUACAUCUUUAAAGAGACGGUCAGCCUUCUUAUUAUUUGCUGAAACUCUCUCUCAUACAAAAUACUUUUUCUCUUUAGGACUUUUUGUUGCUGUGUAUCUUAAAUGCAUAACUUUGAUUACUCUUCACUGGUUGUACUCCUUCAACCUUCUGUCUGGAUUCAAUCUUGGCGUCUCUCGCUUCUUUCAGCCACAUGGAGUGAAAAAUUCAAGUUUUUUUUUUUUUUUUUUUGUAAAGCGUUUUUCCCAUCAAUAAUGGUUUCCAUAUCAUCAGCACAUACUGAUAGCUGCUUCUUAUCCUGAUUUCACUCAGUGAAUAAACAGAUUUCCGAGUUUCUCACCAGCCUCUGAUUGGCCAGGGCCGGUCAAGCUGAAAACCCGUUUACCAGCCAUCCUUCUUGGUGCAUCUCUAAAUAUUUUGACUGAAAAUUCGGAUUCUCCUGUGUAUUAUGUGUCCAAAAAAGAUUUUUUAUUUUAUUUUUAUUUUUUAUUUAAACACUGAAAUACAACCAUGCCUUCAACAUAUUAACGCUGAUCCAGAGCUGCAUCAAAAAGGAACAGCUUGAACUUCCAUGUGUCUGUGCACCAGCCAUUUUUGUAAACUCUUUUUACUCCCAAUGACCGCCCACCUUGUGCUUGUUAGUUUGUUUACCUUAAACAGCUGAUUACAGGAGGUGGCGCAGCUCUGCCAGCAUUAAAAAAGGCACUUGUAGCACAGACUCAACACACUUUAGCCCCUACUCUCAUCUUCCCACCUCUGUCAUCAUCGUCGUCUUGGCGCACGCUUCCAGUAAUCUCUCCAGAGUUGUCUGAGGCUGCACUCAGCGGGGGGAGCCCAGGAAGAUGUAUUUAUCUCAUUGUAGUCUCGCCGACUGGAGCCGUUCACAGCCAUUUUAUCUAACUGCUAACCAUAAUGCUUUGCAACAUAAACACUGGAAGACUUUUCUCUGAUACUAUGACGACAAAGGCAUCCUCAGUGUUUUGAAUAUCACAUCCAUAUGGUUCUUUUCUAUGUUAAUAUAACAGGCAAGUCAAAUUAGCCAAAGAGGGAAUAUUUUACAGUUUAUGUAUGAAGUCAAAGAAUGAAGUAAAAUGCAUUUUGAAGUCUGUUUUCCAUAACCAUGAGUUAGGCAGAAAACUCAAACAGAAGACGUCAGCCACUCUGUUGGUCUGCGAUUGUUGAGCUUGUCCAGUACCAGAUGGUUAAAGAAACCUUUUUUGUGCACUCCAUACUUUAUGAUUAAAUUACACUUAAAUGAGCACGGUUUGGAUUAGGCAAGUCCUGCCUGAAAUACUAAGCUGUCCUGAAGGACUUGGUCAGAUCAUAACAUCCUUUUUUUCUGUCAUUACACCUGAUUUAAUUAUUUAAGCUUUCAUCUCCACUGUUUAUCGCAUUCGGGUUCAAGAAUUGAAGAUGUUUUGAAACGUUAUCAAAGCUGGUGAUAAUCAUUGGCAUAUUCCUUCGUUAAUGAACCACUUCUCAGUCCUUCAGAUGUGAGCAGCUUGUUUUUGACCAAUGGUUUGGUUUGAUGUGACAAACUUGCACUCCCAUACAACUAAAAGCCUCUAUAAAAUGGAAAAGUGUAAACCCUCUCUUUUUAUGCUAAUGCUGUUACAUGAACUUUUUCUCAUUUACUUAUUACUACAGAAGUACAUUUAUUUUUCUGACUUUGCUUUUUCGCUGACAGGUAAAAAAAAAAAACUUUUACCUGUUCUUUUUUUUCUGUGAAGACAUGUCUAUGAAUGUGGAAGGUUUUUCAAAUGCAUUCUUAUCGCUCUCCAUUAUUAAUCAGGUCUAUUUGGCACAUAAUGAAUGUACUGCAUAUUCAAUAUAGGACAUGUAAUACAUGUGACAACGCCUUAGAUUAUCCACAUAUCAACACUAAGCUGUAAUAUUGCAAAGUAUAUAUAUGUAAUUAUUAAAAAAUCUAUUAUCUUGAGUUUUGAUUUUCUGAAAUAAUGUAACAAAUUUUAACCUAAUAAACUUGAGUUAUAAC